UAAGGGCCUGGGGUCGUGACGUGAACAAAUGAGGAAAUUCCAUAUCAAAUCACGCUAGAUUGUUUUGGGUGUAAGUGGAAAGCGCGUCACGCUAGUGCACGCGACGCGCGAAACCACUUUACGGCACCAGCCCUCGACGCGCCCACGACACCGCUUGAGUAUCUUGCACGAGCCUCUUGCCUGUUUUCUUCUUGUCUGAGUUUCUUAUACCUAUAAUACACAAUGUCUCGUGCGGCCAAACUAGCAGAGCUGCGAGCAUUGCGCGCUGCUGGCAAGACGCGCCUUUCCACAUACGAAGUCGCGGAAGAAGAGGACCUCUACGACACAGUCGACGACGAGGGUUACAAGAAGAUCGUACGGAAUCGGUUAGAUCAGGACGACUUUAUCGUAGACGACAACGGCGAGGGCUACGUCGACGAUGGCAGAGAAGAGUGGGAUGAUGGCCAGGGCCGCUACAAAUAUGCUGCUACAGAUAGCGAAGAGGAUGAUGAGCGGCCCAAGGGUAAAGCUGCCAAAAGGAAACGAGAUGAAGACGCGGAGAAACAGGAGAAGAUCAACAGUGGUAUCAGCAAGUACUUCAGCGCGAACACUGCCGCAAAGGCGCCAAAACCGAAGCCUUUGGCCAGUGCUGCCGACGUCGACUUCAUGGACGACCUGCUCGGCGAAAUAGAUACGAAUACUGCCAGCCGCUCUACAACGCGCAUGCGCCCCGUAAAGACCGAAGCUCGAAGAAAGACACGAGUCUUGUCCCCACCGGUGUCAGAGAACAGACGUGCUGCAAAGGCCAGACGGACGAACGACUCCGACUCGUACAUGCCAGAUACGCCGCCAGCAGCAAAUGCAUAUGCAGACGACGAUGAUCUACCUACAUUCAACGAUGAUGACGUACCCAUGAGCGACGCGAUUCUGCCAUCAUCACCCGUUGCUAAGGCUGUGGAGCGGAAGUCGAAACCUAAGGUGAAAUUCGAAGAGGAAGAGGAGGAUUUGAUGGAAGUGGCUUUACCCACUGGACACAGCGGCUUACCGGUGGCUAGCGUAAACAUGGCUGGAAAACGACCCAUAGCCAAGAUCAAGAGAGCGGAGUACCCGACACCAGCCAGCUCCUCUCCCGUAGGCCCCUCUACAGCCUCGAUAGAUCCAUCUUCCUGGAGCGAUGUCACCAGCAAGCUCAACGUCAUGAGCAGUCCGGCUCCACAAACCACCGGUGUGGGGAAGAUGAAAUCGGAGUCAGUGCUGGAGGAGGAUGGCAGUCUUCACAUGUUCUGGACCGACUACACAGAGGUCCACGGCAGUCUCUGCCUUUUCGGUAAGGUCAAGGAUAAGUCGACAGGCGGCUAUUCAAGCUGUUUCGUCAAAAUCGACAAUGUCUUCAGGGAGCUUUACUUCCUGCCACGCGAGUUCCGCCAUGUCAGAGGUGUAGCGACAAACCAGGAGGUCGAAAUGAGCGAUGUCUACGACGAGGUCGACUCGAUCAUGUCGAAACACCGAGUCACAAUGCACAAGAUCAAGCCCUGCACAAGAAAGUAUGCAUUUGAGCUACCAGACGUGCCCAAGGAGGCGGAUUAUCUGCAGCUGCUGUAUGGCUACGACAAGAUGCCUCUUUCUGCGGAACUCACCGGUGAAACCUUCUCUCGGGUCUUCGGUACGAACACUUCUCUUUUCGAACAAUUCGUUCUAGGAAAGAAUGUGAUGGGUCCUUGUUGGCUGAAGAUUGCCAAUGCGGACUGCGGCUCGAUCCACAACGCCUCGUGGUGUAAACUCGAGGUGUCAGUCACGAAGCCCAACGACAUCACAGUCCUCAGUAAUUCAGACAACCUCGAUGCUCCUCCAAUGACUCUCAUGAGUCUGUCACUACGCACAACCUUCAAUGCCAAGGACAACAAGCAAGAAAUCCUUAUGGCCAGCGCGAUGAUCUACGACAAUUUCUCCCUCACAGAUACGACCUCUAUCGACGAGAUGCCAUGCAAGAGUUUUACUAUCAUGCGACCAAACGGUACCGCUUUUCCAGUUGGAUUCCAGCCCGAGGCUGCGAAGCUGAAGGGUAACUUCUCGUUUAUGAAAACCGAGAAGGAGCUACUGAGCUUGCUCAUGGCUAUGUUUCAGCGACACGAUCCCGAUGCGCUCAUCGGCCAUCGUUUGGACGACGUGGACUACAGUGUACUCCUCAAUCGUCUUCGUGAGAACAAGACACCAGGAUGGCACAGAGUGGGCCGCCUAAAGAGGAGUGACUGGCCAAAGAACUUCGGAAAGGGCGGUGGGAGCUUCUUCGCCGAGAAACAACUAGCCGCUGGCCGCUUGCUAUGCGACUUGGCCAACGAUAUGGGAAAAUCUCUCAUGACAAAGUGCCAGUCCUGGAGUCUGGAAGAGAUGUGUCAGCUUGUGCUGAACAAGCGCCGUGAGGAGCUGGACAAUGAAGCUGCGCUGAAGACCUGGGCAACCACAAAAGAGGGACUGCUGAAUUAUGUCAAGCAUUGUCAAGCCGAUGCCUACUUCAUUGCUGCUAUUUCGAUGAAGGUACAACUGCUCCCCCUCACCAAGGUCUUGACGAAUCUUGCUGGUAACUCAUGGGCUCGAACAUUGAGUGGUACCCGUGCUGAGCGAAACGAGUACAUUCUGCUCCACGAAUUCCACAAAAACCAGUACAUCUGUCCUGACAAGCAGUGGGGCAAGGGCAAGAUCAAGGUUGAGGACGACAAUGCUGAGGGUGAAGAAGGCAUCGAUGCAAAGAAGAAGGAUAAGUUCAAGGGUGGUCUUGUCUUUGAGCCCGAGAAGGGCCUUUACGACAAGUUCAUCCUGGUCAUGGACUUCAACUCUUUGUACCCCAGUAUCAUUCAGGAGUUCAACAUCUGCUUCACAACAGUAGAGCGAUCCGACUUGGUCGAAGACGAGGACAAGGUGCCCGAGGUGCCUACAACCCAAGACCAAGGUAUCCUCCCCCGGCUUAUUGCGACGCUCGUUUCUCGCCGUCGCGAGGUCAAGAAGCUUAUGAAGGACAAGUCUGCCACCGUAGAUCAGUUGGCCACCUGGGACAUCAAACAGCUUGCCUUGAAGCUUACUGCCAACUCCAUGUACGGAUGUUUGGGAUACACAAAGUCGCGUUUCUACGCACGACCGUUGGCUAUGCUCACUACAUACAAGGGUCGUGAGAUUCUGCGACGAACAAAGGACAUGGCUGAGGAGAAGAUGCUUCGUGUCAUCUACGGUGACACUGAUUCCGUCAUGAUCAACACCAAUGUCGACAACAUUCAGGAUGCCCUCAAGCUUGGUAACGAGUUCAAGAAGGAGGUCAACGACAGCUAUAGACUGCUCGAGAUUGACAUCGACAAUGUGUUCCGCCGCAUCCUCUUACAUGCAAAGAAGAAGUACGCUGCCAUUAACAUGGUUCCCGUUGAUGGAAAAUAUAUCGAAAAACUUGAGGUCAAGGGUCUCGACAUGAGGCGCAGAGAAUACUGUGCCCUCUCUAAAGAGACUUCAACUGAACUUCUGAACUUCCUCCUCAGCGGCGAAGACCCCGAAACGGUCGUCGAGAAUAUUCACAACCACCUGCGCGAGCUCAGCAAGAAGAUGCGCGAAAACGCAAUCCCUGCACGCAAGUACACCAUCUACACUCAGCUGGGAAAGAACCCCGACCAGUACCCCAACGGCGCCUCCAUGCCAUCAGUGCAAGUGGCUCUGCGCCUCCAAGCAAAGGGGAAACACGUCAAAGCGAAGGACGUCAUGUCCUUUAUCAUUACAGGCGACUCGUCCGGAUCCGCCGAGAAUGCUGCAAAAAACGCCUACCCAGUCGACGAAGUCCUCAAACCUGGCAGCGAACUCAAGCCCGAUAUCGACUACUACCUCCACAAGCAGAUCCUGCCGCCCGUCGAGCGUCUCUGCGCCCCCAUCAGCGGCACAAACAUCACACAGCUCGCCGCCUGUCUCGGCCUCGACACAACCAAAUACCGCGUCUCGACCGCCACCUCGGGUCAGCCCGAGACCGAAAUCCACCCCCUCGAAUCCCAGAUCCCAGACGCCAUCCGCUUCGAGCACUGCACCCCGCUCUUUCUCCGCUGCCGCGCCUGCACCGCCACCGCACCCUUCCCCGGCGUCGCAAGCCCCCGCGCUCCCCUCACACACGCCGGCCUCGCCUGCCCAGACCCCGCGUGUGCCGCAACACUCCCCACGCUCUCCGCCGUCGCCCAGCUCGAGGCCCAGAUUCGCCAGCUCCUCGCCGCCUACCACGAAGGCGUCGUCGUAUGCGACGACCCCGCGUGCGCGCUACACACGCGCUCGCUGUCCGUGUACGGCUCGCGCUGUCUCGGACCCAAAGGACUGGCAAGGGAUUGCCGCGGGCGCAUGCGCUGGCGCAUCGGCGAAAGGGAUGUGUGGAACCAGUUGCUGUAUUUCCAGGCGCUCUUUGAUGUGGAGCGCGUUGGCAAGGGAGGAUCCGGGGGUGAGGAGGAAAAUAAGGCCAAAGUAAUGGCGGAGUUCAACCGCGAGAGGUGUGGGACGCUGGCGGGAGUUGUGGGAGCAUGGUUGGAGCGGAAUGGAAGGCAGUGGGUGCAGAUGGAUAGUUUGUUUGGGUUUGCGCUGAAGUGAGGGGGUUUUGUGGUUGGAUUCAGCGGGCGUUUGGAUG